UUAUGAUUAUCCUCGUUGAAUAGCGAGACGUACUCGCAAAUACAAAUACUAUCAGAUAAUUGAAAAACUAUUGUUUGUUUCGGUUAAUAAAGGCAACAGUAUAGUGUGUUGACAUUAGGAUAAAACGCGUAAUAGAGGGGAAAUGCAGGAGAAACUGGCCCGUGCAGUCCUACAAUAGUGUCCGCUUUAAUGGCAAUCUAUUCGCAGGACUCGUCGAAGCAAGUGUGAUCUUGUUGCAACUUGACUCGUAAAUUACUCACUUGAUUUUAGUUUUACGUUGUCCACUUGAUUUCUCAUAACAACAUGAACUUUUUAGACAUUGUUUUGGUGCACCUGGCAGUCUCCGCGAUCACCGUGCACUCUCUGGAAGUAAAGAAAAUAUAUGUGAUCGAACGAGACGGUAAGACGGGACUAUUGAGAGGUAGACGGCAAAACUUGCCGAUAACACACACUGUGGCCAGAAUAGGAGGUCAAGCGGAUCAGUUUAACGGACCGUCGGGUGCACAACCAUUGGACUUGGCGUCUACUGUAGAUCUGACCGUUGACCGGAUGCCCACCGACUACUUGACGCCGCCAAAUGUCGAGUUCACUUUUCAAAACUUCCAGACGGAACAUUUAAAACCUCAAGAAUCGCAACAGCAGAGUGUCGGCGGCCCUCAAUUAGUGUCCGCGAUACAGCCGCAAAUCGUGCAAGCCACUUCGCCGUUCACUCCAAACUCGGCACUGUCCCAGCCAGUGCUACAGAAUCCGCAACUGGUGCAAACGCCGGCAUCGAGUAAUCAAGUACAGAGCCUGACGUUUGCGAGUCAGCCGAUCGAACAGUUUACACCGUUCACACCGACCUUGACACACGAUCACCAGCAAUCACAGCAACAAAACAACGGGCGAUGGGAGUUGGGUUUUGACGCAAACGAGAUAUUGACGCCCCCAGUUUCGGGUGGUCCCGAUGUCGUAGGGGCCUCCCCGCAUUUCUCGAGUAAUCCGCACGAACUUCAACUGGAGUCGCACCAACUACGAAACUUCAAGUCACCGCCAUUCGGAUUUUUGGGAUUCGACGGGGCACCGUCGGCGUCCAAUACAAAGUUUACAACACAGGACGCUGUCGUGCGACAAGCGCCGUCCAACAACAAUAUAUACUGGGGCACACCAAAAGCGGCCCAGCAGCCGCUUAGGCCGUCUUCCAUUUUCGGCGAACCCAAUACUUAUCGUUUCAACAGUCACCAUCAUCUGAACGAUGGGUUCCACGUACCGUUCACUGGACAAUUCGACAACCCAUUAUCUCAAGGCACGGUUUCUGACCAUGUAGUGCACACGUCGUUUAGGAUAAAGAGACAGUUGGACUUUAACAGCAAAGAAGAUAAUGUCGAUAAACGAGAAACACGUCAAUCCGGCGACGCUAAAGAAGAAGGGGAAAUUAAAGAAGAACCAAUGCCAGUGUUUAGUUUUGUCAAGACGGAUAAACAGGGAAACUUUAAGUGGAGCGUUAGACAGGGUUACUAAUAAGUGUAGAUAAAUGUUCCUCGUUUGUUAUUAUUUUUAUAUGUUUUGUAAAAAAUUUGUUAUAAGAGUACGUAUUUAAUUUUAUUAAUAAAUAAUAAAACGCCUGCGUUAA